AUGAAGCCGACGGGCAAGAAGGCGCUGGCCGGCGGCGCGGCGGCCGGCAACGCCAGACGCGCGCCGGCGCCACUGGCGCCGGCGACAAGAAGGACGGCGGCGCCGGCAAGGCGACAAGAAGGAUGCGGCGGCCAAGCGGCGGCGACAAGAAGAGUCGCCAAGGGCGAGCGCGCGGGCGGCGGCGCGGGCAGGCGGAGCCCAGAGCGCGGGCUGGCCAAAGCCGGGCAGCGCGGCGCCACCAUGCGCGACGCCGCCAACAAGGGGCUGCUGCUGGCCAGAAGGGCGAGUGGCCCCGCCCGUCGACGCCGCCCUCAAAACCUGAAGCGCCUGGUGGCGACGGCGGCCGCCGCGGGCGACGACUCCCACGCGCAGCCGCUGGCGGGCGUCAUGGACCCGGCAAACGGGAUGACCCCGCUCAUGUACGCCGUGCGGGACAACCGCACCUCCAUCCUGGACCGCAUGAUCGACCUCGGCGCAGACGUGUGCGCGCGCAACAAUGACAACUUCAACGCGCUGCACAUCGCGGCGAUGCACUCGCGCGAGGACGUGGUGAAGCUGCUGCUGGCGAAGAAGGGCGUGGACGUGUACGCGGCGGGCGGGCCGCGCCAGCAAACGGCCGUGCACCUGGUGGCCAGCCGACAGACGGGCACCGCCACCUCCAUCCUGCGCCUGUUGCUCGCCUCGGCGGGCAAGGACAUCCGCCUGCAGCCCGACUCGAAAUCUCCUGUGACAAAUUAUCCGCGCGGCAUUGUCAAUUAUGUGAUAAAUCACCUGGACGUGCAUUUAUGUAUUAAUUUGCAUGUUAUAAAAAAACAUCCAUUUAUCGGUUUUCCUGUUCUAAAUACCGAUACAUCAUUUUCAACAUUACUAUGUGUACGUAAAGUAGAGACAAUAGCUUUCUUAUCUUCAUACAUUCGCUCUGCUGUUAACAAAAAAAUGCUCUCAGGUAAAUUAAAUACUAUAACAUCUUUCCUUUUAUCUAUGAUAGAGAAAUUCAGCUCCGGUCGCGGGCGGGGGCGGGGCGCGGCGGGGGGCGAGCGCGGGCGCGGCGCGGGCGAGCCGCGGCCAGUCCGAUGCCCACCCGCCGCCGCGGGCCGCAGCGACGGGCGCCGGGCGUCGCCGGCCGUCGCCGCGCCCGCGCCCGCCGCCCACGCCCGGCCCGCCCCGGCCGCCGACGCCACCGCCCGCGGCCCGCUGCCCGCGCCCCCAUGGUGA